AUGAUCUUUCAAUGGGGGUUGACAUACCGCUUUUUCCUCGCUCUUCCGCUCACCAAUACCUUGGUACCAAUUUGCCUGCCGACGGCGUACCUUUGGCUAGUAGAUACGUUGGCAUUGAGAAGGGGAACCUGGGUUAUUGAAAGCGGAACCAAGGUUAACAUCCAGCUUUGGAAUAGCCUAGAAGCUGAGGAGGCACUAUUCUUCCUUGUCACGAACGUCAUGGUUGUCUUCGGUCUUGUUGCGAUUGAUAAUGCCGCCGCGGUAUACCAAUAUAUGGUCGCCACAUCGGAUGCCGUGAAGGACCCCUCGAUCCUACAGCUUAUUGUCCUUUUUUUGACACAUAGGCGAGAAUACGACAGAAAUUUUAUUUCAGGGCUUUCCCAGGCUGUUUAUGACCUACAAAGCAAGAGCCAGAGUAUGUACCUGGGCUCCAUGCUAUUCGACAGCCCACUCCAGAUCGAUCUUAUCUUUCUAUACUCGUUCUGCCGGAAAAUGGAUGACUUGGUCGAUGAGGCAAUUGACCGAGAUACCGCUAGGUACUGGAUCCAACAAUGUUCUAAGUCCUUAGCGGUAAUUUUCAACCACAUAAAAGUUGAUGCAGAUGGCAAUAAAGGAUUGGAGAGGCUAAUCCCACCUACCCUAUUUUUACCCAUCUGUUUGCUCCCGGCAUCGCGCCUGUCAAGUCAACCCCUCUAUAAUCUUCUCAAGGGCUUUGAAAUGGAUUUAGAAUUUGACUCUAAGGCUGGUACCUUCCCCAUUGCCACAGAGAAUGAUUUGGAACUAUACGCCUUCCGGGUAGCAAGUACCGUUGCUGCCAGUGUACUUAAUCUUAUUUUCUACCAUCAUCAGGAAGAUAUUAAGAACGAUGAUUACGUCCGGCUGAUUGCGGCUGCCGAGCGUAUGGGUCAGGCUUUACAGUACGUGAACAUCGCACGAGACAUUGUACAGGAUGCACAGUACCAACGUGUUUACUUUCCGACCUCCUGGCUCAAUGAAGAGGGAUUAACGCCAUCUAUGGUUGUUGAGAAUCCUACCCAUCCCAGACUUGCGGUGUUACGAGAUCGGCUUCUUGACAAGGCGGAAACGUGCGCGAAAGAUUCACAAGAAGCAAUUGAUGAGCUGCCGUCGAAAAUUAGAGGUCCCCUUCGAGUGACUAUAUUGAGCUAUAUGGAAAUUGGGAAGGCACUCAGGGAGCUGCAGGUGAGUGCAUGCGACAGUAAGCUCAAGCUGCCUUGGUGGAGACUUUUUAAAGUGGCCUGGGCUGCAACGUACUAG